AUGGACCCUCUUUCGGUAGACCCCCAUCUCACAGACCCUCCGCUCCUCAGCAGCAAUUCCAAGUUCAAGUCGUACACCACCAGCCAAGCCAGGUAUCCCGGUAUCCGUGUAUUCUUCCACGAGCAUGCCAAGGCCGACGAGCUUUAUCGCGACAAUGGACCUCUGCCUCUGCUCGUCUUCAUCCCGGGACUCGGUGGUUCCGUCGCUCAGUUCCACCCAUUAAUGAGCAGUCUCAUCGACGUGGCCCCGUGCCUCUCAUUCGACUGGCCCGGUGGCGGCCGCUCGGAGUAUGCGCCUACCUCGUGGGGUCCCUACAGUCCUGACGCGCUACGGGAGCUGGUCGAGAUGAUCAUCGAGGACCACCGCAACAAGGACGCGGGGCAGACAGCCGUGCUCAUCGGUCACAGCAUGGGCACCGCCUAUUGCGCCAUGCUGGCCAACCCGACAGUGCCACACAAGACAUCUCUGUCGGAGUACAUCGUCGGCGUCGUUGGCAUCUGCCCCAUCUCGAGCCCCAUCAACGAGAAGUCGGCUGCGUGGGGGAGGAGGCUCAUGCUUAUUCCCGACUGGCUGUUCGAUCUCUGGCGUAUGUGGGAUGGAAUGGGGGGGCCCGAGAGCCCCAGCGUCGGCCGCUUUGUCGGAAAAGGUGCCGACGCCGAGCUCAAGCUGCUCCAAUACCGCUUUAACAAACAGAGCCGCUCGCCUGUCUGGAAGCGCAUGUUCUAUGGACUCCUGUCAUACAAGGACGGGAAGCCCGCCGGUGGCUUUACCGGCCUCGACAUCUGGGCUGGACUCAGAUGCCCGGUUUUCCUUAUAUCUGGCGAGAACGAUGCCCUGACACCCCCCGCAGAAGCCAAGAGAAUUUUUCAGGUGCUGAAGUCGGGGGACAACGCAGCCGCUGCUGAUCCCGAGGGCUUCACGACUAUGUCGAGUACAUCAAGCCCCGGCGCCCCAGAGCCGCCCAAGACAGCUCCUGCCGAUACGGCUCUUGCCGAUCCGCCCCGGGGCACUACCCGCCCUCUUCCGCUUUCUGUCGACGAUAUCUGGGAGGAGCAUUUCCAAGAGCGCGCAAAGGCGCUCGAUCAGGCAGCCGAAUCCGCGGGCGAUGAUGCCUGUGACGACCACCCUAGUACGCCCCACGAGACCCCGGCUGCCAUCCCACCCCAGCCGCGGCAUCCUGGGAGAGUCGUCGACAUCAAGAUCAUGCCCGCCCCUGCCACGCAUGCGGUUCUCUACGCGCCACGGACUGUCCGCGCCAUGGCCGGCCUUAUCGGUGACUUCCUGGCUACCAACGUCACGGGACGGCUCUCGCUGGGCUGGCAGCUGCAGUAUCUCUCUCGCGAAGGCAAGUGGGAUGUCAAGAAUCUUAAGAAGUGGCGUUCCGUCAACCCCGUAUCCGACCCGAUCGGCCCCCCUGGAAACCCAGUCUUCCGGGCAAUGAAGACGCUGCGUGAGGCUGACGACGUGCACACCCCGAGCGUCUUUGUCUCCCGCUGGGGUCCACCAAAGAUCCGCCACGUUGUCGAUAUAUCCAAAGAUCAGCCCGUCUACGACCCUCGGGGUCUCGAGCGCGCGGGCAUCAAGUACCACAAGUUCCCCACCGUGUCCAAGGUACCACCGACAGCCGAGGAGGUGGAGGCGUUCAUUGACCUCAUCGAUGCAUUGCGGGAUGUCCACACAGGCCAAGAGAGCGACCAGGAGGUGUCAGAAGACGCCGAGGGCCUCAUUGGCGUGCAUUGCCAUUACGGCUUCAACCGCACAGGCUACUUUCUCGUCUGCUACCUGGUGGAGAGGUGCGGCUUUACUGUAAAGGAGGCCAUUGAGGAGUUCGCCAAGGCUCGGCCUAACGGCAUCAGGCACUCGCACUUUUUGGACCGGUUGUACGUGCGGUAUAACCUGGACAGGGAGUAG